AUGGUCGAGAAUUUAGACACCAAGAUUGAAGUUUGGUUGUUAACUUCGUUUCAUAUAAUAGCGCUUAUAGUGUUAAUUAUUCUUCAUGUCAUCUACACGAUCCGAUGUGAUAAACUGAACACACGUAUUCAUAUGACAUUUGUGUGUAUGUACCUCUUUUUAGUGUGUGUUGUACUCACACUCAUAUUUGAUUACAUUGAUCUCUCAGUAUACGAAGAUAAUCCGACCACUACAUCGACUAUAUGGAACGUAGUGGCUUUCCUCACUUCAUCUUUUAGUCACUUUUUCCAAUUCACAUACUUCUACGUCGCACUUGACGUGAUGAACGAUUACAUCGACAAGGCACUUUACAACAAGCCGAAGCUCUUUAAUGUGUGCAAACGUAUCAAUCAAGGGUGUUAUGUCGUUUUAAUCGUUAUCAUCAAUCCCUCAAUUGGACUCUUUUUGUAUGGAUAUUCAAUCAAGUCAAAUGCAUUAAUAACAGACAUGUUCGACUGUGGUUUGCUCUGGUCUUAUUACUGUGUUUUAACACUUCUCUAUUGUGGCAUCAUGUUUGUUGCUUGCACAAAUGCGAUUAUACUGAGUUACAUGACAAAAGAUGGCGUUUCAUUUUCUGGUAUUCUCUUGUCUCCAUUGAAGACUAUGAUAUGUGUGGACACUGUUGCUGUCCUUUUUAUGGUCCAAGCAGCAAUUCGGUUUGUGUUGUAUUUCUACAAACUCGUUUCAAUCUCGACUCGGUCAACCACAAUUAGUAGUUUAUCAAAUGAACUAGCUCCUUAUGUACAAAUAGUCGUCAUCACAUGCGUUCAUUUCCCUUCUAUUUUUAUACUUGUAUUCCUCCUCAUCCCUUUUACUAAGCCUGCAAAGUUUAAUUUAAAAGGAUACUAA